AUAACAUUAUGUUAAUAAGAUUAUUAAUUACAAUUAUUAUUAUUUCAUUUAUUUUAUUAUGUGCUAUUCAUCCAUCUAUAUGGUUUAUCAUUAAUCAUCAAUUAUGUUUAAAAGAGAAUACUCAAUUAUAUAAUCAUUGGUUUAAUUCAUCUAUACCAAUUUAUAUACAAUUUUAUUUUUUUAAUUUAACAAAUCCAUAUGAAUUUCAAAAUGGUGCCAAACCUAAAUUAAAACAAUUAGGACCAUAUACAUAUAAUAUUAAAUAUUAUAAAUUUAAUAUACAACAUAAUUAUAAUAAUAAUACAAUUAAAUAUCAACAAUAUAAACGAUAUUAUUUUAAUUCAAAAUUAUCCAUUGGUCAUGAAACCGAUUAUAUAACCCAUGUCAAUUUAGGAUUUGUUGCCAUAGCAACUAAAUUGCAAUCGUUACCAUGGUUAAUUAAUUAUUUGAUUGAAUUAUAUGAAAAAUAUUAUCAUUAUAAAUUUAUACAAAUUAAAACAAUACAACAAUUAUUAUGGGGUUAUAAUGAUGAAUUUUUAUUAUUAUUAACUAAUUAUGGAUUUAAUAUAACAAUGACAAAGAUUGGUUUAUUAUUAAAUUAUAAUGAUACAUUAAAUGAUGAUAUCAUCAUUCAUGAUGGUUUAAAAAAUCCUAAAAAUCUAGGUAAAAUCAUACAAUAUAAUAAUAAGACUAAAUUAAAUGAUUGGACAACAAUCACAGCUAAUAUGAUCAAUGGUACUGAUGGGACAAUCUAUCAUACUUAUAUCAAUAAACAAGAGAAACCUUAUAUAUUUCUCAAUGAUCUAUGUCGUUCCAUUCAAUUAACAAGAGAUUCAAUUCAACAAAUGAAUCAUUUAAAUGUAUUUAAAUAUUUAUUAUCUGAGGAUACAUUUAAAUCUGGUGAAUUCUAUGAAAAGAAUAAAGGAUUUUGUUUAAAUUGGUCAAAUUGUUUUAAAGAUGGUGUAUUAGAUAUGUCAUCAUGUCAACCGAAUUCACCAAUUGUUAUAUCACAACCACAUUUUUUAAAUGCUGAUAAAUCUUAUCAAAAUGCUAUUGAUGGUAUACAAUCUAAUAAUGAUGAAUAUAAUACAACCAUUUAUAUUGAACCAACUACUGGUCUUAUUAUAAAAGCUCAAAUUAAAUUACAAAUUAAUAUUGUGAUUAAAAAUAAUAAAAAAAUUAAACAAUUAUCUAAUAUUUCAAAUGUUUUAUUACCUUUAGUAUAUUUUAAUGAAUCUGUUCAUUUAAAUGAAACAAUCACUCAUCAAAUAAAUAUGUUACUUAUUCAAUUACCAAUGAUCAUACAAAUUGUUUUAAUCAGUAGUAUCGUAUUCAAUGUUCUAUGGUUAUGUUCAAUUAUAUUUAAAUUAUUUAAACAAAAUAGAUAUAAUUUAAAUGAUCAAAGAAUCAAUGAAGAAAAUCAAUGGUUAUUAAGUCAUCAUUGAGAAGGUGUCAAAGAAAAGUUUAUAUAUAUAUAUAUUUCAUGUAAAUACUAUAAACGAUAUGAUAAAUCAGAACUCAUCAAGUGUUCUAUUCUAUUGUCUUGUUCAUGUUUCCAAUAUUUCUAAUCUCAUAAAUAAUAAUCAAUAAAUCAUUUGUUUCCAAUGUAA